CUCUAGCAGCGCGCCGGAGGUCCUUCUCCCGAAACCUCUUCCCUUCGUACCACCUCAAUGAACCAUCGCCGCCUCUCGCUCUUCAGUAUCCCUUUUAAUCUCUCCAUCUUCAGGCAAUCUGCCAUCGACGUCUUUCUGUCUUUCCGGAUCCAGGAGUUAAGCAUGCCGACUUUGGACAACGUCAAGUGGAUGGAGUGGUGGCACGCCUAUGCGGCGCUCAACUUCUGCCUCCUGGAAGUAGUGUCUCAUUGGGCAGAGCCGGCAAACGUGGACGAGGGAGACGGGAUCCUCGACGACGAGGUGGAAUUGUUGAUCGCGCAGGCCUCGCGGACCGAUACGGGAGGGGAGCUGAUGGGGAUAUUGUUCGGUAAAGUGGAAGACGAUCAUCUGGUCGCGAUCACGGAUGAACUGCUCGUGUUCUUGACGCGGUUGGUGGAUGAUCUGCCUCUCGAUAUCCUGUCGCGGUGUGACGAGAAACUGGGAACAGACACACUCACCCGUACGCUUGCGCUGCACCUAUUGUGGUCCACGUGUACGGAGAUGGACGAAGAUAAUUGUGUCUAUCCUUCCCAGGGCCUCUACCUGGUGAUCGACGUCACCGAUCUCACGUUGUGGGACCCUUUCAUUUGGCGGGGAAACAUAAAAGAAGCUAGCGAGGAGGAAGAAGAAGCCGAAGAAGAAGAAGAAGAAGAAGAAGAAGAAGAAGAAGAAGAAGAAGAAGAAGAAUCAGACGCCGAGUCGGACGAUCCCGAUUAUCUCGGGAAAGAAGACGUUGAGUCGGAGGACAAAGAGGACGGAUCGGGCGAGUCGGGUGGUUCUGCCGGGCGAGGUAGAGAAGAGGAAGAGGCCGCGACACAAAGGAGGCGAGAAAAGGCAGAGGGUAAGCGUCCGAUCAAGGAGUCGGAAGCGCUGCCACCGCAACUACUGCAGGGCGAUCUGUCGCGAAAUCCAGAGCCGCCGCGGGAGGAGACCGAGGGAGAUGGAGUCGCCACCGCAAAGGGAUCGGGAAGCCGACGUCAUCGAAGAAGUGAAUCGUCGGCUCAAUCCUCUUCACCAUCGCGGACCGCCCUUCGCCCUCGUCGAGAUGCGGGCAAUCGGGCUUCGUCCCCGGUCAUUAUCCCGUCGUCCCCGUUAUUUUCUCACCCUUCACCAGCUCCUAGGCCGACCCCCGUUCUGUGAUAGAUGGUAUCCCUUUCCACCCUCCCUCUUCCAUCAACUAUAUUCCACCCGCUUCCUGAUCAUUGUGUUUCCGCAC